AACUAUUAGUACAUAAAAGAAACAUAUAAUUCCAUAAUUUUAUAAAAAUAAAACUUGUUUUUACCAUCACCUGUCGGCAGCGUUCCGUUAACACCCUGUAGAUUAACUUGAUAAGUUUAACGAAGGUGACUGUCAGUGUCUUAAAAGUAUGAAUAUCAAGAAGUGUAACCGAUUCAGUAUGAAAUUAAGUAAAACGACUAAAUGUAAUAAAAUGCAGACAUGCAUUACACAUAUAAUAUUGUACAUGUCAAUGUCUAUUUAUUAUGUAAAUGUGUAUAUUAUCUAAGUAACUACUACAAACACGAUUUAAUUUAAAAUUAUACAUUGAAGAAUAAAUAUGUGAGUUUUGUUUUCACCCUAUUCAUUAUUUCGUUCAUUCAUUCAACACCCAACACGUUUUAAAUCAAACUGAGGCCAUAGAACUGAGGCCUUAGUACGAGUUUGUUUUAUGUUUAAAGUAAUCGAAACGAGUAAGCGUUCGCCGCUCUGAUUGGUUGGUUCCUUCUAGCCGGCCAAUCAAAGGUGUAUUUGGCCACUUAAUGGUAGGCAACCAGCACCACUCAUGGACAUCACUACGACAUCAGCACCUUUUUCCCUCGAACGACGUUUCGUAGGGAAUUGUGGUAUUAUCAACGGAAAAUAAACCAAGAACAUAAAAAAUUAAAAAAGGGUUUUUGUAUACCUACCUACCUAAACUUGCGCAGAUUUUCCGUCCGUUGACUGAUGAUUCACUAUAAUUAUACAUUUUGACCAGGAAAACAACAGGUUGUAAGUCUUUGUGUCAAAAAUACUAAUGUUUUAUUGAUGUUAUAUAUAUUAAGAAUUUUUUAAACUAGUUCAGGCACUCACUUUGGCGAUUGUACCUACUUGCCUAGCAAGGUCUAUCUCAGAUAUAGUAUUGUAGUCUUUGGUCUAUAGGUUGUGUAGUGUAGUCCAUGGGUCCAACAGAGUAGCUAAUUAUUAUUCCAUUUUGGAAUUCAAUUAAGUAAUUGACCUAAUCCGCAUACUGGCGACUUAUAAAAAUGACAAGCAAAAGCAUUGAAAUGUCAAUCUUUUAUUGCUUAAAGUAUUGUCAAAAUAUCUCGAAAACAUAUAGUGAAGUCUCAUAAGCGAAGAUCAAGCGAAGAUGCUUAGUAAUUUAAAGCGACGCAUCGUAAAUCAAAAUAUAGUGAGACAGUUUCAGUACAGACUCUAUGCCUCACACAGAUGGUACCCCGAUCCAACAUAUCUGAAGCAAUUUCAAGGCUCGACAAUGUACCCCACGCCAGAAUCCAAUAAAUACUACAGAAUGAUAUAUCAUUCCAAAUUAUGGCCUGUUGAACGCAAACUUCAGAACAUGGUCAUCAAUUUUGGACCUCAACAUCCAGCUGCUCAUGGUGUUUUGCGUUUGAUUCUGGAACUCGAUGGUGAGACUGUAGUCAGAGCCGAUCCUCAUAUAGGAUUUCUGCAUAGGGCCACCGAAAAAUUAAUGGAACACAAACAUUAUAAUCAGAGCCUACCUUUUAUGGACCGACUCGAUUAUGUGUCUACGUUAGCGAACGAACAAGGCUUCUGUAUUGCAGUUGAAAAACUUCUUAAUAUAGAAGUCCCACCAAGGGCUAAAGCUAUCCGAAUUUUAUGCACCGAAUUGUCUCGCAUUUCUAAUCAUAUCUUAAACGUGUCAGGCACAAUACUCGAUGCAGGCGGUAUAACACCUUUCUUUUGGAUGUGUGAAGAAAGAGAAAAAUUGUAUGAAAUCUUUGAACGAGUUUGUGGAGCCAGAGUACAUUGCUGUUAUUUCCGUCCUGGUGGUGUAUCACAAGACAUUCCUAUUGGUUAUCUUGAUGACAUUUACGAACUAUGUAGUAAGCUGGGAAUUCGUUUCGACGAAACUGAAGACUUGGCAACAACAAAUCGAUUAUUUUAUGCCAGGACUGCAGGCCUGGGUAUUGUAGAUGCAUAUGAUGCUAUGUCAUUGGGUUUUACGGGACCGAUGCUUAGAGGGAGCGGAGUUAAGUUUGAUUUGAGAAUUAACCACCCAUAUGAUGGCUACGACCUGUACGACUUCGAUGGCGUUGUUGGCACAUUCGGUGAUAUAUAUGAUCGUUAUCUACUUCGAUACGAAGAAAUGCGCCAAUCUCUACGAAUUGUAAAUCAAGUUCUUGAUACAAUGCCUGAGGGCGAAUAUAAAACGGACGAUUCCAAAGUAUGCAUGCCGUCAAGAAAAGAAAUGAAAAUGUCAAUGGAAUCUUUAAUUCAUCACUUUAAGUUGUGUUCUGAGGGUUACCCAGUGCCACCUGGAGCUACGUACACUGCGGUGGAAUGUCCUAAGGGUGAGUUAGGACUUUACAUGGUAUCUGACGGCUCGUCCAUCCCAUAUCGUGUGCAUUUGCGUCCAUGUUCAAUGAAUCACAUUCUUGGUCUAUCUGUUAUUGGUCCGCGUUUAAUGCUUGCUGACAUUACAAUGCUUAUUGCAUCAGUAGAUAUUGUUUUUGGAGAUGUCGAUCGCUAAAUAUUGUCCUUUUAAAAUAUUUAACGAAUUUAAUUUUAAACAUUUGUCUAUUUAUAUUGGAUUUUAAACUUACUUAGACCUUA